AUGUUCACUGGUCUGGUAGAGAAAGUCGGCACUGUCACGGCGCUCGACCCCCAAGAUGACUCCUCCACAGGCGGGGGCGGGACAUCCUUGACAAUUUCAGAUUGUGAAGAGAUACUUACCGACACCAAACUCGGGGAUAGUAUAUGUGUCAAUGGCACUUGCCUGACUGUAACAUCAUUCGACAAAUCGUCAUUCAAGGUCGGAGUUGCCCCUGAGACGCUACGACGAACAAACCUAGGGUCUCUCAAGGCCGGAUCACACGUCAAUCUUGAACGCUCUGUGCUAGCUACUACUCGAAUGGGAGGUCACUUUGUUCAGGGUCAUGUAGAUACCACCGCAGAGCUCCUUUCAGUCACACCGGAUGGCAACUCCCUAAUCUUAAGGAUGCAACCCAAGGACAGGAGCCUUCUGAGAUAUGUUGUAGAAAAAGGAUUCAUUGCUCUUGACGGCACUAGUUUAACGAUCACCAAGGUUAAAGAUGGUGAGGAUGGUUGGUGGGAAGUGAUGUUAAUCGCCUACACACAGGAAAGGAUUGUCACUGCAAAGAAGAAGCCUGGCGACACCAUCAACGUUGAGAUUGAUUUGGUCGGCAAAUAUGUUGAGAAGACGGUGCAAGGGUACUUUGAGGGGCAGACAGGUGGGGAUUCAGCUGCACUGGAAAAGAUGGUUGACAGGCUUGUCGAAAAGAAGCUUAAGAGUAUGGGAAAGGCUUGA